AAGCCACGUGUGCUUCCAUCGGGGUAAAUCGAGUAACAGUGCGCCUGGACCUCUUUUGGAAUACACACACGACACUACUAGUAGGAUUGCGUAUUCAGGUCGACACGUCUAAUGAGGAACGUGCCAGUAUGAAAGCCGCUAUCGUCAUACUGCCGUGCCUCGUCGCCGGAGUCUUCGGGGCUUCCAGAAUCGGGGCUUCCAAUAGAUACGUUGAUGAGCUGUUCCAUGCGACUCUUCCACGUAUGACUGGCCUUGAAGGAAGCAGACUGCACGACUUCGCGCUCAAGGUAGAAAGUAAUUCCGUUACGAACCGGGACGUAAAGGCGGAGUUCCACGAUGGCAGAAUGGUGGGGACCUUGCCUCCUAACGGUAUUAGGAGAGAUGGCAACUGUUCGCCGCCUAGGAUUGAGUUUGGUGCAACCGUCGUCAGCUGCGCGGUGUCCCUUGAUGGACUGAAAGCAAGCUACAAGGGGACCGUCAGGGGAGAAGAUUUGACGGGUACCAACAGGACCAUUGGUGUGGAUGCUACGUUCGCAGGAACCAAAGGAUACAUUGAAGUGGCUAGUACACCUGGAGGUACUCCAACGCUGAGGACUUGGAGGGUGAACCCUGUCGUCCUUCAUUUAACCCUGUCGAGGGAACUCUCACUGACCUCUCCCAGAAGGAAGCGAUUCAAGGAAGAAGUAAAGAAAAACUUUGUAAGCGCCGCCAACAGUUUCUUUUACGGAGACCUGCACUACGCCCUCAGCAAUGCUGUCAAGUUCAGGCCACUGCCUUCGUUGUAAAACAGGAAGAGAAAAAAAGUGCACGUGAAAGAUAUCCGUUAUAAAAAAAGACCAUGAACCCGUU